AAGGGUUCGAACUACAGUGUACUGAUAACUUUCCUAGCCAGCUACGCUGUAGCUAGAGCUACCGGUAGAGAGAGAACAAGCAGCCGGAGAUGGUAUUUUAAUACCGUACCAGUACCGGUACCGCUACGAAGAUGAAGAUGAACAAACACAACCAUGGGAAAGAAGCCGAAAGACAAGUGUACCUCCUGGUUGACAGGUGAACUAGCGCAAUUUUGCCGGCAAACACCGGAUUUGUCGCAAUCUUGUGUCCUCGCUAUGCAUAAAAUUGAUGAUGAUCCAUUGGCCACGACGAUGCAACAACACGACAUGAGCUUUUGUGAGGCGCGAGAAGGCUACAAUGGAUGCAAUACGGCUGAAACCAUUUCUCGUCAUUUAAUACGCUUUGCUGUUGAGAAAUUUGACUUGCACUCAAUCAUUUCUGAUGCCUUUUCUUGGUAUGUCGACGACGAACAUCGAAAUGUUCGACUGACGACUAUACUGAACACUUUUGUUGAUCACUUAUUGUCACAGCAAGACGAGCCAAAUUUGACAACAACUCAUCAGCGAUGCAGUCGACUUGAUGAUGAUGAUGAUGAUGAUACUGAAUAUCUUCCUUCGGUAAGAUUGCCUCGAGAAGGCUUGCCGGUCACGUUCUUGACGCUCCAUUCCGCACUAGCAAGAAGCAAUCCCCCCAAAUAUGGCCUGAUUCGAGUUCGUAGCGAAAAGGAAACACAAAUGCAUGCCAAAGUCUUUGUCAGUCACACGUGGGCUGCUCCCGACAAUCCCAACACCGGUGAUGAUUGGAAAAAUAUGGUCUUGUUUCUGUCGACUCUGCUGGAGAAAGCAUUUCUUGCUUGUGAUUGUCUCUUGUGCAGCGGUUUCCCUCUUGACGAGGUCCUGGAUGAACUUGUAAUGCACCAAGACGAUGGAUUUCUUUCCGAUUUGUCUGUCACCGGUACUAGUAACAGCAAUAAUCGCAAUGGCAGCACAAUCGCUAGGGUGUCCGCCCCCAUAAAGAUGCAAUUUGUACGACUUGCUGCGGACGAACUCUCGCAGUGGAGGAGCGAAUCUGCAACAAGAGACCAAGACAUGUUCUUGCAGUGCUUUGAACGGGCCACAAAGAGAAUUUGGCUUUGGUACGACUAUUGUUGUAUCCCUCAAAAGCCUCGACAAUCCACACUCGAAACGGCAUUAUUCAAGCGAACGCUGCGGAAGCUUCCACAAAUUCAACGUUCCAUGUCCACCUUUUCAAUCAACUCCACAGAGGCUUUUUUCGGCAGAGCAUGGUGCCUGGCAGAAUGGAUUACGGCGGGACACCACGAGUGCUCCAUUUGGAACAAGGACAUGACGCAUUUUCCAGGGAUGCAAACAGGAAGCAUUGGCGAAAGUAUGAUGCGAACGCACAAGGAAUCACUUGCAGUUCUAGGUCUUUUGGACCCGUGCAACAGCUACCGAACUGUCUUGAAAAUGUUGGAUGCGGCAUUUACCGACUAUGAACACACCGAAAACACUAACAUUGUCUGUUGGAUAUUGUGGAAUGCCAUGUUUCGGUCGCCCAUGCCGUGGGACAUGACCCUAAUGAGUAGUUCAACCAAAAAUGAACACCAAGAACUCAUGAUUGGAUUUGGGCGACCCCUUCAGGUUAUUGAUUGGCUUCAAAUGGUCACUCAAUCUUGGGAUCAAUGCAAUCAAUCAUCCUUCACCUAUGACUUUGAUGCGUGGCACAACGCGCGAGGUCUUGCUGCUGCCAGCCUUGAAACUGCAUAUGCCGAUGAUAAGACAGAAAUUACUGAGAUUGUUGUACCAUUGGACAAAGACUUGGUGGGAAUUGACUUUGCAGCUUGGAAGGAAGCAAUCGACACGGCGAUCACCGAAGUCAAGGCAGAAGCAGCGGAUAACCCGAAUGAACCCCUUGCCGUCUAUGUGCUUCUUGAAAGUGAACUCGUACAAACUGGAUAGUAAGGCUUGUGUUAGUAGCACUAGAUCUAAUGAUUGACGAUGUUGGCAGCCCCAGGGGCUGCAAUACUAGUGC